CGUGUUUAUCCAGAAUUUUAAUGCCAGGCUAAGUGUUUGAGGGAGCAGCUGCACAUUGAUGGAGUGUUUGAAAUCCCCUUUCCUCUACUUGAGUCUACCUUCAAAACCCCAUUCCCUUAUGGAAAAGAAAAAGAAGAAGAGACUCCCUCCCCUUCUCAUUCGCUGCUCCAUCCAGCGCGACCCGUGGUCCCCGAGUUUCGGCGACCCCACGCGGCCGAAGCCGCGAACGAGGAACCCGAAGACGCCUCUGUCCGACGACAACGCGCGGCGCAUCAUAAAGAAGAAGGCGGCGUACCAGAGCAUUCUGCGGCGGAACCAGGGCCCGCAGGCGCAGACGCCGAGGUGGAUAAAGAGGACCCCCGAGCAGAUGCUCCUGUACUUGCAAGACGACCGCAACGGUCACCUCUACGGCAAGCACGUCGUGGCCGCAAUAAAGAAAGUACGCUCUCUCUCCCAGAAAGUUGACGGCGACUACGACAUGAGGAUGGAAAUGGCUUCCUUUGUCGGAAAACUCAGCUUCAAGGAGAUGUGCGUCGUGCUCAAGGAGCAAAAGGGGUGGAGGCAAGUCAGAGACUUCUUUUCUUGGAUGAAAUUGCAGCUGAGCUACAGACCAAGUGUAGUUGUCUACACAAUAGUAUUGCGCUUAUAUGGGCAAGUUGGAAAGCUGAAACUGGCAGAAGAGAUCUUCUUGGAGAUGCUCGAUGUGGAUUGUGAGCCAGAUGAAGUUGCUUGUGGUACAAUGCUUUGUUCGUAUGCCAGAUGGGGACGCCACAGGGCUAUGCUGUCUUUUUAUUCUGCUGUAAAAGAAAGGGGAACAAUUCUAUCUGUUGCUGUCUUCAACUUUAUGAUGUCUUCUUUGCAAAAGAAAUCACUCCAUAGAGAGGUUGUACAGAUGUGGAAGGAUAUGUUGGAAAAAGGGGUGAUACCUAAUAGUUUUACUUAUACAGUAUCCAUCAGCUCACUUGUCAAAGAAGGGCUGUAUGAAGAUGCUUUCAAGACUUUUGAUGAGAUGAGGAAUAAUGGAGUUGUUCCUGAGGAGGUAACAUAUAAUCUGCUUAUAAAUUUAAGUGCUAAAAGUGGCAACAGAGAUGAAGUGCAAAGACUGUAUGAGGAUAUGAUUUUUCGAGGGAUAGUUCCUAGUAAUUACACUUGUGCUUCACUUUUAUCUUUAUAUUACAAAUAUGAGGACUACCCUAGGGCCCUGUCCAUUUUUUCACAAAUGGUAAGCAACAAAAUUCCUGCUGAUGAAGUCAUAUAUGGUUUACUUAUAAGAAUUUAUGGAAAACUUGGCCUAUAUGAGGAUGCUCACAAAGCAUUUGAAGAGACAAAUCAGCGUGGUCAACUCACCAGUGAGAAAACAUAUUUGGCAAUGGCUCAAGUCCAUCUUACUUCAGGAAAUGUAGACAAAGCCUUACAAGUUAUUGAACGCAUGAAGUCUAGCAACAUAUGGUUCUCACGAUUUGCAUAUAUUGUGCUGCUGCAGUGCUAUGUGAUGAAAGAAGAUGUAGUAUCUGCUGAACGAACAUUUCUAGCUCUCUCCAAAACAGGUCCACCUGAUGCUGGUUCCUGUAAUGAUAUGCUCAGUUUGUAUGUGGGUCUUAAUUUGAUGAAUAAGGCGAAGGAGUUCAUUAUCCAAAUAAGGGAGGAUGGGAAGCUUUUUGACAAAGAGCUUUAUAGAACAGUUAUGAAGGUUUACUGUAAGGAGGGCAUGCUGCCAGAAGCUGAGCAGUUCACAAAUCAGAUGGUUGAGAAUGAAUCAUUUCAAAGUGAUAAAUUCUUCAAGACAUUCUAUUGGAUUCUCUAUGAACAUAAGGGGGAUGCACAAUCUAAUGAUGAACUUGUGGCCAUUGAGCCCAUUGACAAACUUGAUGCCACAGCUCUUGGGCUGAUGCUCAGUUUAUUUCUGACAAAUGACAACUUCAGCGGAACAAAAUUAUUACUAAAACUGUUGUUGGGUUAUGCUGCUGGAGGAUCAAAGGUUGUUUGUCAACUCAUCAUCAAUUUGUGUAAAGAAGGAGAAAUCAGUAAAGCAGAAUUGCUUAGUGAUCAAUUAAUUAAGCUUGGCUGCAGAAUGGAAGAAGCCACUGUAGCAUCUCUAAUUAGCCAUUAUGGCAAACGACAAAUGCUGAAACAAGCUGAAGAUAUCUUUGCAGAAUAUGUAAAUCCCUCCACAUCUAGUAAACAACUGUAUAACUCUAUGAUCAAUGCAUAUGCUAAAUGUGGUAAACAAGAGAAAGCAUAUUUGCUAUACAAGCAAGUGACUGAGGAAGGACAUGAUCUAGGUGCUGUUGGAAUGAGCAUUGCUGUAAAUUCUUUGACCAAUGCAGGAAAACAUCUGGAGGCUGAGAAUUUUAUCUACAGCAGUCUUAAAAACAACCUGGAGCUUGACACUGUGGCUUACAACACCUUUAUCAAGGCCAUGCUUCAAGCAGGCAAAUUGCAAUUUGCAUCCAGUAUUUUUGACCGCAUGAAUUCCUCUGGUGUUGCUCCAUCAAUUGAAACAUUCAACACAAUGAUAAGUGUCUAUGGACAAGAUCAGAAGUUGGAUAGAGCAGUAGAGAUGUUCAACAAAGCUAGCUCAUUUGAUGUCCCGCUGGAUGAAAAAACAUACAUGAAUUUGAUAGGCUAUUAUGGGAAAGCUGGUAUGAUUCUUGAAGCUUCCCAAUUGUUCAGUAAAAUGCAGAAAGAAGGUAUAAAGCCUGGAAAGGUAAGUUACAAUAUCAUGAUCAAUGUAUAUGCUAGUGCUGGAGAUCUUCGCCAAACAGAUAAAAUUUUCCAGGCCAUGCAGAGGCAAGGUUGUUUGCCUGAUUCUUUCACGUAUCUUUCCCUUAUCCAAGGGUACACGAGGAAUAGGAACUAUCAUAAAGCUGAAGAAACUUUACAUGAUAUGCAGAGUAAAGGCAUUCCACCAUCUUGUGUCCAUUUUAAUAUUUUGGUUAAUGCUUUUACAAAAGCUGGGUUGAUUGAGGAAGCGAAGAGGGUUUAUGAGGAGCUAUCAACUUUUGGUUUAGUUCCUGAUCUAGUAUGUUACCGUACAAUGCUAAAUGGUUACCUGAAAUAUGGAUAUGUGGAAGAGGGAAUAAACUUUUUUGAAAGUAUACACGAAUCAACAAAAGGAGACAGGUUUAUCAUGAGUGCAGCUGUGCAUUUUUACAGAUCUUCUGGAAAGGAAAGCAAAGCUAAAGAAAUAUUAAUUUCAAUGAACAACAAGGGGAUCCCAUUCCUGAAGAAUCUUGAAGUUGGAUCAGAAGAGAGAUUGAAAACUCCAUGAGAUACUUGUGUGUACUUUGAGAAGCGUUCUGAUGAUGGAAAAAAUAUGUUUUAUAAAUCUAAUCAACCUGGUAAUGGUUAUUAUGCAUGCUGCAUGUAUGCUUUUACUGGCAACGAUGGUUGAACUCUUGGUUCAGGUACAUUUACCAAGUUGUGAGGGGGACGUGACCCACGUUUGUUGGAAUGCAACCUUUGCCUUUUGACUGCUCUUCCUACCUAACUUCCUUUGAAAGUGUAAGUUAAGCAUUCUGAUAAUGGAACAAAGAAUAAUUAAAACAUAGAAAUCGAAUCAACCUGGUAAUGGUUUUGUUGAUGUAGAUGUCUUUGCUGCAACGAUGAUAAGUACUUUUAUCAAGUAAUGAGGGGAAGUACUUUUACCAAGUAAUGAGAGGAAAGUAAUGAGGGGAACCUGAUCCAUGUCUGUUGUUAUGCAACCUUCGCCUUUUGACUGCUCCUUCUUGCCGAACCUUCCUAUGAAAGGUGUGAGUCUAUCAGGUGGACUUAAAGAUAUUGUAGACUCCAGGCACAAAGAGUUUCUGAGCGUUCUAUGUUCCUUCCAAGCCGUUUCUAUAACUGAUGAAGUGGCAUUAUUGAAGUGAUGAGACCCCAGGUGUUUGUGCAAAGACAGAAGAGUAGAGAUAAGAAUAGGGAUUAUAUACACUUGUAGCUAACACAGUACAGUUGUAACUAACUAAACUGUGACUAGUAGGAUAAAUAGGAGGUUAGUUGGAGUGGCAAAGGGUUGUUUUAUU